AAAGGGGUAAAGGGUUAAAUCAAGAGAUUAGUCUCAUGCAUCCUUGUGAUACACGUUGGAACUCACAUUAUGGUAUUAUAGUUAGUAUUAUUGUCAUGUUUGAAGCUGUGGUGGAGGUGCUUGAAUGGAUUAAGGAUGAUACCAACCAAGACAAUUUUGAUGAAGUAAGUAAGUUAUUCCAUGACAUACAAACUUUUGAUUUUGUGUUUCACCUUUUUUUUAUGAGACUCAUAUUGGGAAUUACAAAUGAAUUAUCACAAGCAUUACAAAAGAAAGAUCAAGAUAUUGUGAAUGCGAUGGCGUUAGUGGAAGUAUGCAAGCAAAGACUACAAUCCUUGAGAGAUGAUGACUUUGGGGACUUGCUUGAUGAUGUACAAAAGUUUUGUCAAGAGCAUGAUAUUGUCGUUCCUAACAUGGAGGAUUUGCGUUUUGUACCCGGAAAAUCAAGACGUAAAGCUCUAAGACUCAUAAACUUCCAUUACUAUCAUGUGGACCUCUAUUUUCAAGUCCUUGAUACACAAUUAAAGGAAUUGAAUGAUCGCUUCAAUGAGCCCAACUUUAUUCUCAAGAUUUUGAUUGUAUGGACCUCAUGAAUCUUCCAAUUCAACUUGACAAUUACAUUCACGAUAUGAAGAUGCAUAGUGAGUUUUCAUCAUUGAAAUGAAUUGGUGAUCUUGCAAAGGAGUUGGUGAAGAUCGGGAGGUAUGCAAGCUAUAUGUUAGUGUAUAAGCUUCUUACAUUGGCUUUGAUGUUACCAGUUGCAACCGCUUCGGUGGAGAGAGCUUUUUCUGCUAUGAAAAUUGUGAAAACACCAUUGCGUAACAAAUAGGAGAU